GAUCCCGAACCGCGCCGCCAUGGCUGCCCGGGUCGGCGUCGCGCCCGCCGGCGAUGGCCUGCGCUACGCCGGGUCCUCGCAGCCCCCCGCGCAGCCGUCGGACGCCGACCUCGACCGCGGGCUGGCAAGAAGUUUGAUAGCUGUGGGGCUGGGUAUUGCAGCUCUUGGCUUUGCAGGUCGCUACGCAUUUCAGAUCUGGAAACCUCUAGGACAAGUAAUCACAGAAACUGCGAAGAAGAUUUCAACUCCUAGCUUUUCAUCCUACUAUAAAGGAGGAUUUGAACAGAAAAUGAGUAGGCGAGAAGCAAGUCUCAUUUUGGGUAUAAGCCCAUCUGCCAGUAAGGCCAAGAUUAGAGCAGCUCACAGGAGAAUCAUGAUUUUGAAUCACCCAGAUAAAGGUGGAUCUCCUUACUUAGCAACCAAAAUUAAUGAAGCAAAAGACUUGCUAGAAGCAGCCACCAAACACUGAUGGAUGCUCAGGGACCACCCUGAAGGAGAAAAAGGGGGACCUUGUAACAGUUGCCCUGCAAAUUAAUCUAAACCAUGGCCUUCAUAAUCUUCAUAUGUGUACCGACCACAGUCACUUCUUCCAUGUCUAAGCUGUGUAAUAAUAAAAGAUGAACAGUCUGGCUUUGUAUUAUCUUUCAAAGGAGCACAUGAAGAUUCUAGCACUGAUCUUUCCCCUUUAUUUUCUUCCUCUCUCUGAUAGUCAUACGUUUGAAGGCUUCUGUUACUAAGUUCCCCUCACCCCAGCCCCUGCAGCCGUAUAAUUAUCAGUAAUAUAAUUGGAAUUUGUGAGCAAGAGUGUAGAAUUUCUUGCUCUUAUAUUUAUGCUCGUAUUGUCCCUUGUUUCUUCAAAGGAAUUUAGCACUCUGCCUAUGUGAGGUGCUUUAAAUGUUGUGAGACGAAACCCUGACUGCCACCCCAGGAAAGUGAACUGAAGCUUGAUGGAAUUUACUAAAGGGUGUUUUGUAAAGCAGUGGUUAGGUAAGAACGCUGCUCUCCCAGAGCUCCCACAGCUGUAGCUUGAGAACUUGGAGAGCUGCUAAAAUGAUUAAAGGUUUACAGAAUGAGCCCUGUGAGGAAAGCCUGGAAGUUGCUGGGAGAAGUCUGAGGGAUUCAUGCUUAAUUAUACAGUCUUCUGGUGCUGUGUAUUUAUUCAAUUAUGCAUUCUACAAAUAUUUAUUUACCACCUGUAGCAUGUGAGGCCUGUAGGGGUCCUCAAGAGUUCCAGGUGUGAACCAGGCAUGGAUCCUGACCCAAAGGAACUUGAAUUUAGAGGAAAGAUAAACCACAGGAGUACUAUUAGAGAGGCGCAGAUGAUAUGCCAAAAAAGUUCAAAAUAAAAGACUGUUUUACACUGGGCGUCAGGGGGCUGUGUCAUAGAAUCAGUAGCGUAGAGCUGGGCUUUAAAAACAAUGAGAUAUAUGAUGGGUGAGGCAGCUCUUCUCCUGAGAUGAGUCAGAAUUAGCAGAAAUAGAGUCUGUUAGUUCGAUUGGAGCGCAGGGUUUCUCCAACGCAACAGAUGAACACACAGUCUGGAAGGGCUGCCCUUGUACAGUGCAUUCAAAGUUUUUUUUUUCCUCAACACAGCCCCUGGUCAUCAUCACUUUACUGUUCCAAAAGGGAGAAAAGAGAGUCAGAAUACCAGCAUUAUUUUCCUGUACUCCUUUGCAACGCUGGGUUCAUCCCAGGUAAACAGAACUACUGCGUUUCAUCUAUCUUAAAAUGCUUUUGUAAUAGCCUAGACGCAUCUUUCACUUCAUGACAUCCUGUAGUUGGGAGUUCUCAGCAUUGGUGAUAUUGACUCAUUGAGCUGCUCAUUCCUCCUUGUGGGGUGCUCUCCUUUGUAUGGUAGGAUGAUUAGCAACAUCCCUGCCUGUAUCUACGAAAGGCCAGGAGCGCCCCCUCCAUUGCGACAACUGAAAAUGUGUCUAGAUAUUGCCAGAUGUUCCUUGGAGGGCAAAACUGCCCCAGGUAGAGAGCCACUGCUCUAAAUGUGAACCGUGUUUUCCUUUGGUACAUAAAAUAAUGGAUGACCUGACUUAAAAUUGAUUCUUAGAGUCAGUAAAAUACGGUUCUUGCUUUAAAAUCCCCGUGUGUGUCACAGGCUUUUUGUGCUUUAGUAUGUUUUCCGGUCCACUGCUACCUCUGUACCUUGAAUGCCCUGCUGAUACCCAGAUCUCCACGUGUUCAAAGCCUGGGGAUAGUUGAAGGCCAAGCUGAAAUGUCUGUCCCUCCUUUUCUGGUGCUUCCAGCAAAAGUAAUCCCAUGAAUUGUCAGCUCUCAGCGAACACGCACUGUAUCUGUCUUGGUCACUGCUACAU